AUGAGCGCGAGGCAGAUCAGCAUUCACAGCGACUCCCAGCUCAUAGUAAAUCAGAUAACGGCAGACUUCGCAGCAAUGGAUGCCUCCAUGUCAGCCUACCUAUCGGCAGCCCACCAACUACUACAAAAAUUCCAGGCCUACGAGAUACGGCAGAUCCCCAGGUCGGAAAACAGCCAUGCUGACGCGCUCUCACGAUUGGCCUCGGCAAUAAAUGACAAGAUCGGGAGGAAGGUACCGGUGGAGAUAUUAUCCCACCCAAGUACAACCGCCGCCGAGGUAUGUACCGUUCGGUACGAAGACACAUGGAUGUCUCGAAUCUAUGCCUAUCUGACAACCGGAACCCUUCCUACCGAUAAGUCCCAAGCUCGGAAACUCCGUUACCGAUCGGCAAGAUACGCAGUCAUCAACGAUGUUCUAUACAAGCGAGGCUACACGACGCCGUAUCUAAAAUGCCUGACCAAAGAGCAAGGGGACUACAUCCUUCGGGAAGUCCACAGUGGAAUCUGUGGUGACCACUCUGGAUCCCGAUCGCUCGCACACAAGGUCUUCCGGCAGGGUUAUUUCUGGCCGACUCUGCACCAGGAUGCGAACACACUAGUCAGGAAAUGUGACAAAUGCCAGCGGUUCGGUAGUAUCCCUCAUAUCCCUGCCGAACCGCUGUCACCGAUCGUAAGCCCGUGGCCGUUCGCCCAGUGGGGACUAGAUCUAAUUGGUCUGAUGCCAGAGGGCAAGGGUCAGGUCAAAUACGCUGUUGUUGCCGUGGAUUACUUCACCAAAUGGGUAGAAGCCAAAGCCCUAGCGACAAUAACGGCGGCCAGAGUUGAAGAUUUCGUUUGGACGAAUAUUUGCUGCCGAUUCGGCAUCCCCUACGUCAUCGUCACGGAUAACAGCAGGCAGUUUGACUCGGAAGUCUUUCGGGAAUUCUGCACCCGACUCAAGAUCAACCUGUUCUUUGCUUCGCCAGCACACCCCCAAUCGAACGGACAGGUCGAAGCCAUGAAUAAAAUUGUCAAGAAGCUAUUGAAACGGUAG